CCUCCUCUCCUCCUCCUUACAAGUUUAUCCUCAGAUAUCACAACUAGAUUAGUUACCACCAAACUCCUCUGUCUCAAAAACCUACAAGCAAGCAUUGAGAGAUGAUAGGGGGAAAUAAUGUAUAUGGAAUGGGGCAAUCAAUAACUACAGUGCCCCAAUUAAGACCCUUUUGUUGCAUUGAUUUCUCAGCCCCAAAAUCUACCAAUUUUAGCUUUCUUUUUGGUUGGGGCUGCUCUUCUUCUCCUUACAAUAACAAAAAGAAUCCUUCUUUCUCUCUCAAUAAAACCCGCGAGAACUCAAAUCUGCACUGCUGUUAUUGCUAUAAUAGCAAUAAUAAUAGUCCUAGUGCUACUUCUGCUUUGGAGUGGGAUUGGAAUAGAUGGAACCGCCAUUUCUCUGAGAUUGAACAAGCUGAAAGUUUUGCCUCUCUUCUCAAGUUUCAACUGGAAGAUGCAAUUGAAAAUGAAGACUUUCAAGAGGCUGCAAAGUUGAAAAUAGCCAUUGCUGAAGCUACUUCAAAGGAUAAUGUAGCCCAAAUAAUGUCUCAACUGAAGAAUGCAGUAGAUGAAGAACGAUACCAUGAUGCUUCAAGAUUGUGUAAAUAUACCGGAAGUGGACUGGUAGGUUGGUGGGUGGGCUACUCAUCAGAUUCUGAUGAUCCCUUUGGCAGACUGGUUCGCAUAACACCUGGCGUGGGCAGAUUUGUUGGCCGGAGUUAUACUCCAAGGCAGUUGGUCAAUUCCUCUCCUGGAACUCCAUUGUUUGAAAUUUUUGUGGUCGAAGAUGAAGAAGAAAAGUAUGUUAUGCAGGUAGUAUGUCUGCAACGAGCUAAAGGAAGUUCAACAAACUCCACAAGUACCCCAUCCAAAUCUGCACAAGUUCCAUCCACUUCCAAAGCCGAGAAUGGAUCUGUAGUGGAUGUUCAGGCAAACGAUGUUAAGGUAGAGAGAAGUGAGGAGAAGAGCAUAAAUAUUGAAGAAGCAACUGAGGAAGGGAUAAAAAGUGUGAUAAAUUUUCUCAAAGAUAAGAUUCCAGGGUUGAAAGUAAAAGUCAUGAACGUUAAUGCUACAGGGGAAGUGAUGGAGGAUAAUGAUUCUGUGAAGCAUUUGAUGCAAGAUGGUGAUAAAACAGGUUCCAGUGAAAAUUCAGAAGAUGAUGCCAGUAAUUUAGAAGAGAUACAGCCUGAUGAGGAUGCUUUGGAAGGCACUAAUGAUUCAUCAAAGGAUGGAAAGGAUUUAGACACGAAGCUGUUUAUUGGUGGGGUUGUGCAUAACAAUGAAGAUACUCCAAGCAAGGAUGAGCAUGUGCGUCUUCCAGCUGAAAUUAAGAAUAUAGAGAAAGAUUCUUUUAUACUACAUUUUCAAGGAAGUCUAGAUUCUGGCAGUAAAGAAAGUAAAGCAUCCAAGGCAAAAGUGGCUUCUUUAGCAGCUAAAGGUGUUUCUGAGCUUAUGCCUUCAGAUAUCGCCAAGGCAUUUUGGGGUGCUGACAAAGUUUCUUCAAAGGUUUCUAGAAAUGUUCGUGAAAUUGUCAAACUUGCUGUUAGUCAGGCACAGAAGCAAAGCAGUUUAUCUGAGUAUACAACUUUCAGUAGAGUAACAACUUCUAAUAGCAGUUUAGAUCCAUUUGAUGGCCUGUAUGUUGGUGCAUUUGGACCUUAUGGGACUGAGAUAGUGCAAUUGAGGCGUAAAUAUGGUCACUGGAAUAUUGGAGAUGACCAGUCAUCAGAUGUGGAGUUCUUUGAGUAUGUUGAGGCAGUGAAGCUAACUGGGGAUCUUAAUGUCCCCGCUGGCCAGGUCACAUUUCGUGCUAGAAUUGAGAAGGGAAGUCGCAAUUCCAACCGUGGGAUGUAUCCAGAUGAAUUGGGAGUGGUGGCAAGCUACAAAGGUCAAGGAAGAAUAGCAGAGUUUGGCUUCAAGAAUCCACAAUGGGUUGAUGGUGAACUUCUUCAACUUAAUGGCAGGGGCAUCGGACCAUAUGUCAAAGGGGCAGAUCUUGGUUUCCUUUACGUUGUUCCUGAACAAAGUUUCCUUGUGCUGUUUAACCGGUUGAAACUACCAGACUAAACCACAUUUGUUAUCAUCGGAAGAGUGUGUUGGCUCAAAACUGAAGGGAGAGUUCCUGGGUAAACCACGUGUGAGAAAUGCAACUUUAUCCUAUUACUAAGCUUACAUAUAUUUUUUUAUAAUCUGUAGUGACAGGCAGUUUUCGUUGUAUAUGCCUUCCACCUAUAAAUUAUUCUUCUUUUCUUCAUCUCUGAGGUCUAUAAAGUGUGAUGCUUUCGAAGGUUUAGUAGACAGUUCAA